AUGCCCCGAGCACUACCCUCUUUUCCCUUUUGGUGUACCCACCUCCUGCGCUUACAUUACCAAGAAAGCGAGCAAGUGUGUCUGUGUAAAUUCAAUCUCUACCUAAGCGACAAACGCUCUUGUACAUGCGCACAUUUUCGGAUCGUUCUUUUGACGGCUUUAUUCGGCACCUCCGUCGCAUUCAAAGGGCUCGAUACUAUACAGAAGUUAUCUACGGACAAUUUUCGCUGCUUAAAAGACAAUGGUUUCACAUUCUAUAUCGGUAGAGUGUGGAAAAGUACAGGAAAUUACGAUAUGGAGGGCAUGCAGAACAUGAAGAAUGCUCAUGAAGCUGGUUUUGAAGUCAGCGCCUACAUUUUUCCUUGUUUGGCAAAGCAUUGUGCGCCUCCACAAAAUCAGGUUGAGGCGACCAUUAAUCGUUUGAGGUCGGAGGGCGUUCCAUUUGAUACGGUAUAUCUGGAUAUAGAAAUAUUCCGCUGGCCAAAUGAUCACGCAGCCAACCGAAAUACUAUCAAUGCUAUGGGCAACAAAUUAGAUGGAAUGGGUGUCGACUGGGGGAUCUACACAAACAAAAAUAACUGGAAGAGUAUCGUAGGCUCAGAAUAUGAUCAGUGGAAGCAUAAAAAACUCUGGUGGGCCUAUUGGGGAAUGAACGAUGGAACACGAAGGGGCGAAUUCUCUCCUUUUGGAGGAUGGUCAAAUUUUUACAUUCAGCAAUAUGCGGGAGAUUUCAACGGACCAUGUGGAGUUAACCUUGACCUUAAUUUCAUUCGACUUGAUUGAAUAAUAAAGGUUUGAACGAUU